AUGCCGCGGGACAUGUCGUCGGCCCUGGCUGAGGAGGACCAGGAAGAGGCGAUGCCGGGAGAGGCGGCCAGCGAGGGGGGCGGCGACCCUGGCGCGGGGUCGCCGCGCUCGCGGGACAACAGGGACGGCGACCACGUGCUCGGCGCCGGCGGGGAAGAUGGCGGCCCGCGGGCCCGGCGCCCCGCGUUCAGCGCGCGGCAGCUGCAGGCCCUGGAGAGCGUGUUCCUGGCGUCGCCGUACCCCACCACCAGGCUGAGACAGCAGCUGGCAGGAGUCUUGAACGUGACUGAAAGAAGAGUGCAGUCUUGGUUUAAGCAAAGACGGGCCAAGUGGAGGAGACGCCAGAGGGCAUCCAUGAUGAGGAACGUGCCCCCCAUGGCCCAGGGCCACCCUGUCGUCCUCAACAUGGGUGGUCCCUGCAGCGCCAUCUAUUUCCAGCAUCUGAAUUGCAUAUGGCCUGUUUUGGGUGCACCCCCGCCUGUGGUGCUGCUGCCGCAGCCGCCACCCGGGCACCAGCCAGCGCCCGGGCCUCACCCACCUCCUGGGCCCCAGCCACCUCUUAGGCGCCAGCCACCUUUGGGCCCCAGCCUCCUCCUGGGCCCCAGCCAGCGCCUGGGCCCCAGCCACCUCCUGGGCCCCAGCCACCGCCCUUGCAGAACCCCUACCAGCCGCCCUUCCUGUUUAUGCCUCCUCCAUUCAUUCUUCUUCCAUGUUGGAUCCCCUGUUCCAACCCGACCUGUUCCCUGCCCCGCUGUGCCCCACCCCCUCCUAACACGGCCUGGUACUUUACCGUCAAUGGGCCUGUGAUAGCCCCCUUUUUCUAAACAAAGGUCGUUUUCCCAAAGUGCUUUGCAGCCAGCUCCACAUGCUGCAUCCUUCUCUGUCAAGGCCAGCGGAUUAAAUGCCUGCUCAGUGUGUUCAACACAAACUUGUCAAGCCACUAUUUCAG